UUUUGACGCUAUAUCUGGGGGUCUGUGGCAUAGCUCAGCUUUGCCUUUGUACGUUCAGCCAUUACAGAAAAAACUUACCCAAAGAAGAAGUGAAGGGAAGGAAUCGAUAGGAAGGAGAAGAUGUCGUGGCAAACGUACGUAGACGAGCACUUGAUGUGUGAAAUCGAAGGCAACACUCUCUCUGCCGCCGCCAUCAUCGGCCAAGACGGCAGCGUUUGGGCCCAGAGCUCCAAUUUCCCUCAGUUCAAGCCGGAAGAAAUCACUGCCAUCACGCAUGACUUUGUUGAACCAGGAUCACUUGCCCCGACCGGAUUGUACCUUGGUGGCACAAAGUACAUGGUGAUCCAAGGUGAACCCGGAGCUGUUAUUCGAGGGAAAAAGGGGCCUGGAGGUGUUACUGUUAAAAAGACCAACCUAGCCUUGAUCAUCGGGAUCUAUGAUGAGCCAAUGACUCCGGGCCAGUGCAACAUGAUUGUUGAAAGGCUCGGUGAUUAUCUCAUUGACCAGGCACUUUAGUUUAUUUGUUGUGCCUUGAUUGUUGCAUUUCUUCUUGGCUUCCUUUUCUAUAAGAAAUAUCUGCCACCUCUUGUGGUAAUGGUUUGAUGCAGCUAAAAUAACAGUAUUACAAGUAUUAAAAGUCAUGAGGAACCCUUUUUCCAGAAACAAUAGGCUUGAUGUUUGUAAUAGUGAUAUUGUGAUCCCCUUGCUUUGUUUCUUUACUUGUUUGAUGGAUGGUAUUGUCAAGAUUGUGGAGUGAGGUACUUCUGUCUACAUUUACAAUGAAUUUUCUACUGGAUUUGGUAAAUUA